AUGAAAAACGCAGAGUAUGGGGCAACCCUGCAAACAGUAGCAACACACAAUGCGAGAGAGAAUCAGGAGAAAGGGAGAGAGGAGAAGCGUAUCUUCAACAGAAAGAACAAAAAAGUAUUAUCUGGCCUGGAAAAUGGUUUACUGGGACUAUCAUCGCGUAUAAAUGCCGUCAUGUGGUCACGUUCAACAACCGACAUCGAAAAUGUUGAUAUCAUUUGUUUUGGCCAUUUGUUGUACGAAAUGUGCAUGGGCCAGGAGAUGACAACACCAAAACCGUCCAUGAGAGUUCUAGAAAUGGAAAUGGAACAUUAUCCACAGAUUCUCGAUGUUUUGGGUUUAAUAUUCGAACCACCCAAUGGUGUCUGUCCAUCCGUGGAAGAUUUAGUGUUAUGUGAUUUAUUUAGAUCGAUAGAUUUACGAGAAUUAAGAGGUCCUUGCUUUAAUACCAUCAAACCGAGCCUAAGCAGAUCGACACUGAAUUUAUUGGCAGCUGUCAAGAAACGACAAUGUGCCUCGCUGGGCAAUUCGUUUAGUGAGGCCAGUUCACCAUGUACACCACCCUCAACGCCCAGGGAUCGAAGAUCGGGCUUAAGUCGAACAAUGGAAUCUUUUGACUGUAUAUCCAGUGAUUCGGAGGAGGGUCUGCUAGAUGAAAUCAUAGUGGGUUGUAAUUAUCAAACCAAACAUAUGAUGCAACGUCUCAAGUAUCAGCAGCAUCAACAUCAAAUGCUGCAACAACAAUAUCAACAUCAGCAACAACAUUCGGCCUCACAGCCAUCCCUGGCCAUUGGCUAUUAUCAUAGUCAGCCGUAUUUGUGUCACAAAUCGUCGUACGAUCCCAUGGAAUCACCCAUACACUAUUGUGAUAAUACCACACAAAUAGAGGAGCAGGGUAGUCCCGAGCAGGUCAGGCAAAACGGUAAAGAUGAGCCGAAGCCGGAACACCAUUAUCAACAACAACAGCAGCAGCAACAUCAUCCGAUUAUGAUACGUUGCAGCUCCACAACGGAAAGUGAAUUGAAUUUGAAAAUGGCCAGUCAUAUGGGUGCAACAAAUUCGGGAAAUAAUCGUGGCAGCAUUUGUUCAUCGGAGAGUACAACCAGUGUUACGGGUACCACCAUAAUGUCCCACGAGGAUACAGAUCAAUCUUCCAUUACCACCCAAUUGGAGGUAUCGGAUUAUGAGUCACACAAUUUGAAAGAGAAUUUAAGUUUGAAUAACCUCACGGUGUCCCAUAACCAGUCAGGAGCCUCAACCUCGAAUAGCCACUCUGUGGCCAGUGCCAUUGGGGCCUCCUCUUCCUCCUCGGUUGCCAUUGCCGCAGCUGCAGCCUUAGGCCCAUCAUUUAAUCAUCAACUCACCGCUGAUAUGUGUAAUUUUAAAAAUUCCAAAUCUCGCCGCCUCGAAUACUCGCUGAAAUGUUUGAAAUAUGGACGCAGUAAUCCAUCACAGGAUUCAGCAUUUGGUUCCUUGACGGACAAUGAUCUGUCAACAGGAUCCUCCUUUCGUUUAAGUAGCUUCCAAUCGAUUUCCUCACCCAUUGAUGAGGGGGUGGAAGAUGUGAUUAUUGCCACCACAACUGCAGGGCUGGAGACAUGUUUGGAACUGGCCACAAUACCCCGAAAUAUGGUAUCGCAGGAUUCAGCUAUAUCAUCGCCAUGUCGUGAAUCGUCACCAAAUAAUUUUCUCAACAUUGAGGAUGGUUCCUGUUCGGGGGCCUCAAGUUCUUCGGGUUCGACAGGGAACUUAAGGCCACAACAUUUUCCUGUCUCAUUGUCUCCGAAAAUUUUGGUUACAGCCACCACUAAUUCCAGUAACUCCAGUUUGGCCUCGGUGUCAGGUUCCCAAAAUCCACAACAACAACAGCAGCAAUCGCAAACACAAAAUCCAACACAACAACAACAAUUUGAUCCACCAAAAAUCUUGGUAAAUGAUCAAAAUUCCAUUUAUACAACCUCACCCUCCAAGAAAUCGGGAACCAUUGAGGUGUUCUCCCAGAAGUAUCGGGUUAGCUCCUUUGAGGAUAUGUCACCUGCAAAGAGGAGCAGCAGCAGCUCGGGUGAUAAGCAGCACUUGAAAAAUGUCAACCGUUUGGCAUUCCGAUCCCUGGAAGAGGAACGACGCAUAGAUAAUGCAUUUAUACCCAUCACCGAUCGGGUACAUUCCGAUAAUCGGGUGAAUGUACACAGCGAGAAAUAUAAAAAGCUGACACAUGCCUCAUUUCGCAUAAGUAAGACCUCCAGUCAGGUCACCAUGUAUGAUACCUCGCCCGGGCAGAUGAUCACCUCCUCCCCAGGAUCCUCCACCAUGUUGGCACAAUGUGGCCAAUCGCUGGAAUUGCAAAGACCAGCCACGGUGGUAGGUGCGGCCAGUUCCAGUUCCCGCCAGACCAUGUGGCGGGAUAGUAAAUUUUAUCGUAAAAAUCGCAUUGCCAAGUCCAAUGAUUCGCUCCUGGAAACUUCGCCCAAUCAUUCGGCACGGCUUUCACCCUCUUCGCUAAGAGACAAUCACUAUGACAGCUCCUCAUCGUAUGGCAGCCGUAGCCACAGUAGACAAUCAUUGAAUCGUGGCGGUUCCAUAAAUGAAAUAAUGGGUUCCAAUCAUACCCUGGGUCCCGAGAUAACAGUUACCACCAGUUUUUGUAAUCAAACCAAUUCGUCAUCCCACAACAGCAAUCGUCGUUACUGUAGCUCGAAGAGUGAGGAUCUGGGUGACUCCAAUGAUUAUUUGCGGGUAAUGGAUGCUCGCAAGUCCUACUCGGAAAGGCAUUUGGUUACGUUCGAAACCACCCUGAAGCAGACAGCUAUCAACAAUACCAUGCCAUUGGAUGGCAGUGACCCAUACUAUCAAUCGGAAGAUGAUUUAAGUUUUAAAGAAGACAAUAACCACUACGGAACGGCGAAUGGUGGGGUGAAGUAUCAAAAUCAAAAUAUACCGCCACCACCACCUCAAUCGCAAAGCUGGAGUACAUGUUCAAUAAAUCGCCUAAAAACGACCAAUAUUAAGACCACCUCGUUGGCCACGCUACCCAACUGUCAAGCAGCGAAUUUAAGCAGCAAUACCACCACCAACUCCGGCACCACGAAUAAAUCUCCCAAGAAGUCCUCUGCACGUAAUCCCGUUGUGUUCAAAUCUCUCAACAAUUCCUCCUCAUCGUCGAUUAAUGCCAACACGUCGACUACAGCUGGCGGUGCUGCUGCCACAGAUACAAGCAGUGAUAAUGGCAGUCACAAUUUAAGCUUUGGUCCCGACACCUCUUCCUCGCCCGAUGAAUCACCCACACAUCGUUCCAUCAGUGGCAUUGAAUUGGCGAAAAUAUUUUCCAUGGAUGGUAAGAGUGGUUCGAAUAAUUGUAGUGAAGAGAAGACACCGCUACUGGAUAGUGUGGAAAUGUCUCCGAUAAGUCCCACGGGUCCCGAGGAGGAUGAUGAUGACGAGGAGGAAAAUGAUCAUGGAAAAUCCAUAUCCAACUCCAAUGACACCAAAUAA